GGUAGAUCUUCAGCUGGUUUAAAUAGGAUGUGGGGAAAUGUAGCUUAAUGAGGGAAUUUUUUAAAUGGUGCUUAAAUUGGUUUAAGCAUGAUUUAAACCAGUAUAAAGCUUGUAGGCAUUAGGACUUUCCUCUGGCACAAUUAGAUUAAGUUUUGUUGAUGGGGUUUUCUGGCUGUUCCGUACAUAACAAAUGUAGCAAGUUUGCCUCACAUCUGAUUAUAUUUAGGUUCCUAUUGAAAAGAUUCGUGAAGCUACAGUGAUUAAUAGAUGAUCCUUAAUGUCAGUGGACGAAGACCUUGAUUUACUUACAGUGUACAUGGUUAGUGGAAGAACUGAUGCUAAACAGAAUGCUGACACCAGAUUGCCAACAUGUUUCCCUCCUGUUGCUCUUUAACUUAAUUAAUGGACUUUGUCCUCAUCUCUUGUCAGUAGUGGCAGUUCUGGGGUUAGUUUGGUUCUUUUGUCCUUGCUUACAACCCUGCUUCUUUUACAACUUCUAUUACAUAUUCUUUGCCUGGCCUUCAUGGUUAUCAUCUCUGUUUUCAUUCCUUCCGUAUCAUACCUUAUUUUCAGUCUUUAAUUCCUUCAUUUCUUUAGACCUUCAGAAACAAAUCUGGAAUAUGUAAAUAGUAACAGAAUAUUUUCUUAGUUUUUAAGCAGUAUUUUCAUUCUAGGAACUGGAAUAGAAAUCCUCCAGUCUUGGGUCUUUUAUUUCCUCCAGGGACCUGGAUACAGCACCACAAGUAGUCCUGUUCUACAUCUUUUUUCAUGCCAUUGCAAUGAAGGAGUUCUGUAAAUUGAAACCAGGAGGGGGGGAAAUAAAUCCUUUUUUUUUUUUUUUUUAUAUUAAGGGUACCAAAGCUGUUAAUAAUCAGAGCAGUUUUGCAUUAACAGUAUCAGGAGUAGCAGAAAAUAUGAAACUUGAUUUGGAGGAGGAGAGCAGUUCAGAAGAAAAUGCAGUUCAGGUGGAGCUGGAGGUCACGCUGCCAGGAGAAGGAAAGGACAGAAUAUUUAAGGUGGCCAUAAAGUGGAUGUCCUGUGUGAGUUUGCAGGCGUUACAUGAUGCUCUUUCUGGUCGGCUGCCGGGUGUCCCAUUUGAAACCAUCCAGGCACUGGAUGUAGUCAUGAGGCACUUGCCUUCCAUGAGAUAUACUCCUGUGGGGCGAUCUUUUUUUACAGCAUCAGAAGGGUGCUCCAAUCCAUUGGGUGGUGGCAGAGAAGUUUGGUUUGGCUUCCAUCAGUCAGUCAGACCUUCAUUAUGGAAAAUGAUGUUAAAUAUUGAUGUGUCUGCAACUGCAUUUUACAAAGCACAGCCAGUUAUUGAGUUUGUGUGUGAAGUUUUGGACUUCAAAAGUAUUGAAGAACAACAAAAACCUCUGACAGAUUCCCAAAGGGUAAAGUUUACCAAAGAAAUAAAAGGUCUGAAGGUGGAGAUAACGCACUGUGGACAGAUGAAAAGAAAGUACAGAGUGUGCAAUGUCACCAGACGUCCAGCAAGUCACCAAACAUUCCCACUUCAGCAGGAGAAUGGACAAACAGUUGAAUGCACUGUAGCUCAGUAUUUUAAGGACAGGCACAAAUUAGUUUUACGCUAUCCUCACCUUCCAUGUUUACAAGUCGGACAGGAGCAGAAGCACACAUACCUCCCUCUUGAGGUGUGCAACAUAGUGGCAGGACAAAGAUGCAUAAAGAAACUCACUGACAAUCAAACUUCCACUAUGAUUCGAGCAACUGCCAGGUCAGCGCCUGACCGUCAAGAAGAGAUUAGCAAAUUGAUGCGGAGCGCGAGUUUCAAUACUGACCCUUAUGUUCGUGAAUUUGGAAUCAUGGUCAAAGAUGAAAUGACAGAUGUGACUGGUCGAGUCCUACAGCCUCCUUCCAUCCUCUAUGGAGGCAGGAAUAAAGCAAUUGCUACACCAGUUCAAGGAGUCUGGGACAUGAGGAACAAACAGUUUCACACUGGAAUUGAAAUAAAGGUUUGGGCAAUCGCGUGCUUUGCUCCCCAGCGCCAGUGCACUGAAGUUCAUCUUAAGUCCUUUACAGAACAACUAAGGAAGAUUUCCAGAGAUGCAGGAAUGCCAAUCCAGGGGCAGCCGUGCUUCUGUAAAUAUGCCCAGGGAGCUGACAGUGUGGAGCCCAUGUUCAGACACCUCAAGAACACUUACACUGGGUUGCAGCUCGUGGUAGUAAUUUUGCCAGGAAAAACACCAGUCUAUGCGGAGGUGAAGCGUGUUGGUGACACCGUGCUGGGAAUGGCUACGCAGUGUGUCCAGAUGAAAAACGUGCAAAGAACAACACCACAGACUCUGUCCAACCUUUGCUUGAAAAUCAAUGUCAAGUUAGGAGGUGUGAAUAACAUUCUACUGCCACAGGGAAGACCACCAGUGUUUCAACAACCCGUCAUAUUCCUUGGUGCAGAUGUAACUCAUCCUCCAGCUGGAGAUGGAAAAAAGCCUUCCAUUGCUGCAGUUGUAGGAAGCAUGGAUGCUCAUCCUAACCGAUACUGUGCCACUGUUCGGGUCCAGCAGCACCGCCAAGAAAUCAUCCAAGAUUUGGCUGCCAUGGUCAGGGAGCUGCUUAUUCAGUUCUACAAAUCAACUCGAUUUAAACCAACUCGUAUCAUCUUCUACAGAGAUGGUGUUUCCGAGGGGCAGUUUCAACAGGUCCUCCAUCAUGAGUUGCUGGCUAUCAGAGAAGCAUGCAUUAAACUAGAAAAGGAUUACCAGCCUGGAAUUACUUUCAUAGUUGUGCAGAAAAGGCAUCACACCAGACUCUUCUGUACAGAUAAAAAUGAACGGGUUGGAAAAAGUGGAAACAUUCCAGCUGGUACCACAGUGGACACAAAAAUCACCCAUCCAUCCGAGUUUGACUUUUACCUGUGUAGUCACGCUGGUAUUCAGGGAACAAGCAGACCUUCUCAUUACCAUGUCCUCUGGGAUGACAAUCGUUUCUCUUCAGAUGAACUGCAGAUUCUCACCUAUCAGCUGUGUCACACGUAUGUACGUUGUACUCGUUCUGUUUCCAUCCCUGCACCAGCAUAUUAUGCUCAUCUGGUUGCCUUCAGAGCCCGGUAUCAUCUGGUGGAUAAGGAACACGAUAGUGCUGAAGGAAGCCACACCUCCGGUCAGAGUAAUGGCAGAGAUCAUCAAGCACUUGCUAAAGCAGUUCAAGUUCAUCAGGACACGUUGCGCACUAUGUACUUUGCUUGACAUGUUUUAAUGUUUAGCGACUCAGUACAAUACAGAGUUGGAUUCACAUGAGACCAGCUGCACUUAGACCAACAGUUGCCCAAGCUACAGUGACAGCCAGCAAUGAGUGAUGCAUCUGAAUUCUUUUCCUUUCCCAUUUACAAGCAAGCCUUCCGUCCAGAAUUUCAGACUCGAUUAUGAACUGCAUUCUUGUACCAAACCCCACUAUUGUUAGAAAUGUGGUUUGCCAAAAGUCUCUAAGCUGCUUGCUAUAAAACAGACCCUUAUUUUAUAAUUGAAUCAAGAGCUGUGAUCUCAGGGCUUAGGGAAAAAAAAACAAAAAAGCAACCCCCAAACCUCCUCAUUCAGUUUGCUAUUCAUUGAAUUGCUUUUAAUAAUUUGGACAGAUCUAAUUCAUACUCAAGUUUGGGCUAAAAUACCAUGAAUUAGCUUUUAAUACAAAGGAAAGCAAAGCAUUUUUUGGACUCUUGAUGAAGCCUUGAUUAUUCUGGAUGCAUUUACAAAAUUGUUAUUUUUCAAAAGAAAAGAGUGACAAAAUCCUGGUUUUCCACUGUCUUACAAAGAUCCUGCUCUGUGUGUCUAAGGGCAAAUGUAUUUUCUGAAGCUUGUUCUUGAAUGUUUUUUAUUGUGCUGCAUUUGAAAAUGUUUUUCAUAGACUUAAGAAUUUUAAAGCAAAGACUGAACUCAUACCUAAGCUUUUCAUAGGUCCACUUGGAUUGGCAAAAGACAAUGUGCCAUUGAAAACCCGAUUUGUAAGGAGUUUUUUAGAAUCACACUGACAGCUAACGUUAGGGUUUGUCAUCCAGGACUGUGACAUUUACCUUUCCAAAGUCUUUAAAGAAUACGGGUCUGUGGUGAGAAAUACAGUACAAUCCUUUUUCACUGUUGUUUGAGUUAAUGUAAAUUUUAUAUAUGUUUCACAGUAUUAAUGUGAUAGACUAGAUGCUAUUAUUUAUUUUUAUUUACUAAGGAGUGCUCAUUAUACUUCUGUUAACAUAUCAAGAAUGCUUUGGAUUUGAAAAUGAAAAUGUUAUCAUGGGGACAUUACUCUUCAAGUGCAAAAAUAUGCAAUCAACUUUGGGAGAGUUCAGAGAUCCAGGCAGUGUAUAUUGUGUAGCUUGUAACUUGUAGAAAGGCUUUUUAAGCGUGCACGCGACACAGCAGGUUGUACCUGUGCAGUUCAGAGACGCACACAAGACCAACAUUCUACAUUCAUUCAAGCACAAACCAAUUGUAUGUUAUUUAUAUGUUGAGUAUUGGUGAAGCAGGACCUCUGGUAGAGGAGAGUGGCUCACUGUGAUUGAGACAGAAGUCAGUAUCUAUGCAGUAAAGAGAAAUCUUAGGAAACUGAAGUUUACUUAUGAAGGGAGAUGAAACUCUCUUCGUUAUGCAUAAGGUCAAUAGUAAAUGUGAGAGUUUUGCCAUUCUCUUAGGAGAAGCAGGAAUUAAAACUGAGCAUU